AUGGCUGGAACCAAGCUGGUGGUGUUCUGCACUUGCAUUCUGCUGUUCAUCGUCAUCGCCAUGUCAGGCCAGGCUGAAGCCAGGCGGUUGGCGGCGACGGAGACGGCGACAACCAGGGGCGGCAAUGAGCCAUGCAACGAGGAGGACGCCGCCGCCGCCGUCGUCGUGGAAGGUGACGGCGGGAGCUCGGGCUUCUUCAGAGCAGUGCAAGAAACGGCUUCUGCGUCGACGCCUGAUGCUGCAGCUGCAGCUGCAGGGCGAGGCAGCGCCGCCGCCGCCGCCGAAGGACGAAGCGGCAUGCCAAUGGCGACGACGGACUCCCGGCCUACCGCUCCGGGGAACAGCCCUGGCAUAGGCAACAAAGGGAAGAUCAACAACUAG